AUGAGUCACGCAGAACCGGUGCUGGAGAAUCAGCCGCAGGAAGAGGAGGAGAAGCGAAUGGCCCACCAGAAAUCAGAGGAUGUCGACGUGGACAUGCCAUACACCCUUCUCAGCAAAAACGAGAGGCGCUGCAUCACGGCGUUGAUUGCUUUUGCUGCCUGGUUCUCGACCUUGAGCAGUUUCAUCUUCUACCCAGCCAUCUCCCGGAUUGCAAGCGACCUCGGUACCACGACGCAGCUCAUCCACAUCACCGUCACUGCCUACCUCCUCGUCUCCGGUGUCGCCCCGUCCAUCUUGGGGGGCGCAGCAGAUAGUUUUGGGCGACGGCCGGUGUAUCUUCUUGCCUUGACGCUGUACGUCGGCGCCAGCAUCGGCUGCACACUGCAAAAUUCGCUGCCGGCCUUGCUGGUGCUGCGUGUAGCCCAAGCGGCGGGAAUAUCAGCGACCGUUUCGGUGGCGUACGGUGUCGUCGCGGACAUUGCCCCUCCGAGUGAACGUGGAGCGUACGUCGGCGCUGUUUCUUUCGGCAUCACAACAGCGCCCAGCAUUGGCCCCGUGAUUGGCGGUGCUCUGGCCCACGGGCCUGGAUGGAGAUGGAUAUUCGGAUUUCUCGCCAUCGCCUCGGGCGUUUGCCUCGCCGCCAUCAUGGUAUGCCUGCCGGAGACCAACCGAGGGCUGGUCGGAAACGGCGGCAGCAAGCCGCCUCCGUACUGCAACCCGCUCUUCACCGCCAUCAUACGACCGUGGAAACGGAAUCACGGCCUGGAGGCGCCGCUUGACCUUUCCAAAGCUGGAGCAGGCAACCCGCUGAAGAGCUUGGCGAUGCUGGGACGAAAGGACACGGCGACGAACAUUGUGGCCGGCGGGAUCCUGUACGUCGUCUACUGUUGCGUCCACACGUCGCUUUCGUCGACAUUCAUCCAGGUCUACUCCUUCAACGAGUUGCAGGCCGGCUUGGUAUAUUUGUCCUUUGGUGCCGGCGCCGUCCUCUCGACUCUGGUGUCGGCAAAGCUCAUCGACCACGACUACCAUGUCACGGCCAAGACGCACGGGCUACCAGAGAAGCAUUUGAACGGGGACGAGCUGCUGUCGUUUCCCAUCGAAAAGGCCCGAAUGAGAAGCGUAUGCGUCCCGUCCGUUUCGUCCGUCGCCUUUACUGUUCUCUAUGGAUGGCUCGCCGAUAAGGAGGUGCACUUUGCGGCCGUCUUGACCGUUCUAUUCUUCAUGGGCUGGUCGAUUCAGACCUGCUUCAAUAUUAUCAAUACGAUCUUGAUCGACAUCAACCAGGAUGCACCCGCCACCGCCCAGGCAGCGUUCAACCUCGUCCGGUGCAUCUUGGCGGCCGCCUUUAUCGCUUGUCUCCAAGAGAUGAUUGACGGCAUAGGUCUCGGAUGGACAUUUACCAUCCUAGUCGGCCGCUUCACCGCCCUGGCCGGAACGAGUCUUGCCACCUCCGUGCUGGCACUGGCCCUCACAGAGACGGCCGGAGAUGCUUCUACCAUCCACCCGCCGCAGAUGGCCACUCCUUUUUCUUCCGCCACGGCCCGCGGCUUUGGACGUUUCGUGAAGCGUGCUGCGAACCCUCACACCAAGAGCCGCACUCGAAUGAAUUUUUCCUUUGCCGUACUGGCUCGAUAUUAUGAACGAUCAGUAUGGCAACUCUACUACCGACUUCGGCGUGGCGAGUCGAGCGAUGACUUGUACCGACACAUCCCUGGCCAUGGCUUCAUCUCUCGGCUGACGAGGGCGACGGGCAGUAUUGACCUCCUCUUGGAGCACCGACAAUACAGAGUUGGCUUCCUGAAUUCUAACGUUGCUGUCGAAAACCUCUGUUUCUUAUCGACCGAGCUGGCCCUCGCCGACGCGGCCUACUUUGCCACCCACGUCGAGCACCCUGGACUCGAACGCCGCAACCUUGCGGCACCCGACACGCCGUGGAUUCGCCAUGGGGGUUUCUACGUCGGAGGCCUUUGGGCCUUUGCCGGGAACGUAUAUCUGGAUGUCUUCUGCGGCGCCAUUUCGUCCUUGGGUGUGACGGAAGUCGUCGACGAAUUCUGGCAGCACCACGCGGCCUCGGGAUUCUAUGUGACGGCCGACUAUGCGUCCACGCGGCAGACGCUGACGGAUGUUGUCGAUAAAACGCCCUCUAGCAGCGAUAGUCGGACGCCGUCUAAAAUAAAUAGCUCUUUGGCCUUGGCGAGCUCUGGAACCAUGAGUGUGCCAUCCAUUCGACAGGCCCUUUCCACGACUUUCCACCCAGGUGGCUUCCUACGAACAGCAGAUGACUUUGAUACGUUCUGCACCGCCAUUCCAUCUGGCAGCCUUUUUCCGAAGAUAAAACAACUUUCUUCACAGCUUGACCGCCCUCUCGGCCGUACGAGAUAUGGUGAAGAGAUAAGAGGUAGAGACGCCACCGACACGCAUGCCAACUGCAUCGGCUACACGAAAAAUCUCACCGCCGAGGACAUGUCGUACAGCAUGAACCUGCCGUGCCGGCGACAGAUUACCUUUGCAUACCGCGCAAACGGCCCAAAUCACCGGCUUCGUGUCCAUUCACGGUCCCCAUCAGGAGCACGCCAUCUGUUGCGACCACACGUCUGCGGGCACGCUGCACUUUAG